AUGGCAAAAAAACAGACGAUUAAUAUUGUAUUCUCAGUGUAAUUUAGCUCUUAUGUUCCAUCUACAGUUGUUUCGGAGAUUUGGAAAGUGUGGAUUACCUUAUAACACUGCCACGUGUACAAUAACGAUUCACCACCAUUUUAAAACGGUGAUAAACGAACACAAGAGUCUGUCUGCCUCUCUCUCAGUCCUGAGUUGAAAAGAAAAUAUAUAUAAAAAAGAAAAUAAAAAAUUGAAAAAAAAAAAAAUCCAGAUCGCUCUGAUACUUCAAAAUAGCUGAAGCUCCCUCCCUCCCUUGAAUCCCAAAGCCCUAAAUAAAAAUCACAAAUUCGUCGGAUCCCAAAGCAAAUCAGGAGCAAGAAAAAUCCCAUUCCGUCCCGAAUCCCAAUCCCCUCUUUCGGAUCUGGACUCCGUUCCCGAUCUCUCCUCCUCUUGCUGUGAAAUCAGGAGCUGAGAUCGGAUUGCAGUCUCCAAGGAUCAGAUCGAGAUGCGUUUGGACGGAGUUAUUCUUCUUCUUUUCCUUGAUUCGAAGUAGAUUGAAUUGGAUUUUUUUUUUUCUUAAUUCUUUCUGAAAAAGAAGGAAGAAAAUGAGGCGGAGGGAGGGGGUUUUCCGUCGGCCUCCGAAGCGGAGGUUCUCGAAGACGUGGCUGGCAUUGGGCGUGGUGGUGAUCUUGUUCAUCGUCGUGUUGUUGAGUCGGGACAGGCAGCUUGAAUUCAGCCCGUCAAUCAAUCAUAAAUCAUACAGGCAAGACGACUUGACCGAAGGUUACAAUGUCACUGAAGAAAUGCUGAGCCCUCACUCCGCUGCAAGGCAAUUGGGAGAUCAGAUCUCUCUUGCAAAAGCCUUACUCAUCGUUGCCAAAGAAAGUAACAACCUCCAGUUUGCUUGGGAACUAAGUGCCAAGAUCCGCAACUCGCAGAUCCUCCUCUCGAAGGCCGCCACCAGGCCAGUGCCAUUGACCAUCGAAGAAUCUGAGACGGAGAUCCACGAUAUGGCCCUCCUGAUCUACCAAGCCCAACAGCAGCACUAUGACAGUGCGACCAUGAUCAUGAAGCUGAAAGGCAAGAUCCAAUCUCUUGAAGAACAGGUGAGUUCUGUGAACGAGAAGAGCUCAAAGUACGGGCAGAUAGCUGCGGAAGAAGUUCCGAAAAGCCUAUACUGCCUGGGUGUCACACUUGCUGUCCACUGGUACCAAAACCUCGCUCGGCAGGGGAAUCUCAAUGAAGAUGGGUGGGAAACGAAGAAGCUCCAGGACAACAGUCUCUAUCAUUUUUGUGUCUUCUCCGACAACGUCCUCGCCACUUCCGUCGUCGUCAAUUCAACCGCAACGAAUGCACGCCACCCGGAUCUGAUCGUCUUCCACUUGGUCACUGACGAAGUGAACUAUGCUCCGAUGAAGGCCUGGUAUUCGAUGAACAGAUUCCGAGGAGUGACGGUUGAGGUCCAGAAGAUUGAAGAUUUCAGCUGGCUAAAUGCCUCCUACGUCCCUGUUCUAAAGCAGCUACAAGAUGCCGACACCAAGAACUACUACUUCUCCGGCAACAAUGACGAUGGGCGGACACCAAUCAAAUUCCGGAACCCAAAAUACCUAUCAAUGCUAAACCACCUGCGGUUCUACCUCCCCGAAGUCUACCCUGCUUUGAAGAAGGUGGUAUUCCUAGACGACGAUGUCGUGGUCCAAAAGGAUCUGUCCCCCCUGUUCUCCAUAGAUCUGAAUGGGAACGUGAACGGGGCCGUUGAGACGUGCAUGGAGACGUUCCAUAGAUUCCACAAGUACCUGAACUACUCACACCCGCUGAUAAUGGCCCACUUUGACCCAGAUGCUUGCGGAUGGGCCUUUGGCAUGAAUGUGUUUGAUCUGGUUGCGUGGAGGAAGAGGAAUGUGACCGGCAUUUACCACUACUGGCAGGAGCGGAACAUUGACCGGACACUGUGGAAGCUCGGGACGCUACCGCCUGGGCUAUUGACUUUCUACGGGUUGGUUGAGCCAUUGGAUCCGAAGUGGCACGUGUUGGGGCUGGGGUACACAAACAUCGAUGCGAAAACAAUUGCGGAGGGGGCCGUGGUGCAUUUCAACGGCAACAUGAAGCCUUGGUUGAAGAUUGGUAUGGAGAAGUAUAAAGGGUUGUGGGAUAGGUACAUUGAUUACUCGCAUCCAUUGUUGCAGCAUUGCAAUGUGCAUUGAAUUUUGGGACUCAGACGGUAUGCGGCUAUUUGGUGGUUUUUUCUUCUCCGGUAGUGGGCCGGCAGGUGUCGAUCCGGAAUUUUGUGAUUAGAACGGCUGUGUAAGAUUUUGCCGGGAAGGUCCACAUGAGGUGUAUGGUGGGGAUGGGCAGAUGAUUAUUUGGUAGAUGGUGUUCUAUUCUUCACUGUGACAUAUGAUUUUGUUCUGGAAUUUAUUUUUUAAUCAUUCCAAAUUCAUGUUUC